UAAGCAACACAGUAUAACCAAUAUAUUAAGCAGAACAAAAAUUGUCUCUAACAAAAAGAUUAAAUUAUACAGAUAUCAUUUCAACAACUUUGUGAAAAUGGAAAAGUGGAUAUGCGAAAAUUUAUCUGAAAUUUUAGACCAUCCAGUAUCAGAGGAUUUAGCACAAUAUAUAAUGGAAAUACAAGAUGAAGCAGACUUAGACAAUUAUUUCCAUACUUUUUUAAAUUUUACUAAUGUAAAACACAAACAGUUUUUUAUAGAGUUGAAAAAACGACGAGCUUCAAUAAAAGAUCAAGCUAAACACAAAAAUGUAGAUGAUACAGAUGCUAUGAAAAAAAAACAAAAUGGAAAGAAGAAAGGAAAAGUAAAAACAAAGGAAAGCAAAGAAGCUAAGCAGGUGCAAGAAAUUGUAAAAAUGGAGAAAAAGAAACCUAAAUUUGUUAAUUUAUAUUCUCAACAAGGCAAGGAUAGAGCAACAAUUUUAUUGAAAGGUAGACACAAAUGUAAUUGUGAAGCAAAGACACAUACAUUAAUCAAUAAUUGUCUGAACUGUGGUAGAAUAGUUUGCGCUCAAGAAGGAGCAGGUCCUUGCCUUUUUUGUGAAGAACUUGUAUGUUCCUUAAAAGAGCAAAGCAUUCUUUCUAGUAAUACUAAACAAGCUGGUCAAUUAUACAAUAAACUGAUGAACCAAAAGCCUAAUAAAAAUCUGGAAGAAUCAAUAAAACAAAGAGACAAACUUCUAGAAUAUGAUCGCAAUGGAGUACAAUGUACAAAAGUAAUUGAUGAUGAAUGUGAUUAUUAUCAAUCAAAUAAUGUGUGGUUAACAACCAAGCAUAGAGAAAAAUUACAAAAAUUAGAAGAAGAGAUAAAUGAAAGAAAACGUAUGUCUCGAUUAAAUAGAAAAAUCUGUGCAACCUUCGAUUUUACAGGUAGAGAAGUAAUUGAAGAGGAUCCAGUUGAAAAUUUUGAUGAAUUUAUUGAAGAACAAUUACAAGAUAUUCCUAAAUCAUUGAAUGAAAUUAUAACUAGUAAUAUUUGUUCAAAUAUAGAAUAUAAUCGUCCAAUGUAUAUAGAAUCAGAUGAACCUGAAUUCCAAACUUCAAAAGUAAACAUUUCUUCAAAGAUAAGAAAUAUUAUUCAAGACAAAGAAUAUUUAGAAAUGUCAGAUCCUGGUUUAUGUUUAAGUAUGCAUCAACCUUAUGCAUCUUUAUUAGUGGCUGGAAUAAAAAUUCAUGAAGGUCGUACAUGGUACUCGUCACAUAGAGGAAGAUUAUGGAUUGCUGCAACAUCUAAAACGCCAACUAGGGAAGAAAUUUCAAGUGUAGAACAGUACUAUCGAGUUUUAAAAGAUGAAAAACUUAAAUUCCCUGAAAUUUAUUCAACUAGUUGUUUAUUAGGAUGUGUAACAGUUGUCGAUGUUUUACCUCAAGAAGAAUACAGAAAAUUUUAUCCAGAAGGGGAGAGUGAUAGUCCUUUUGUGUUUAUAUGCGAAAAUUUUUUGACAUUACCAAUUAAAUUUCCAAUACAAGGAAAACAUAAAAUUUACAAACUAGACCAAAAAAUUCAUUAUGCUGCUUUAAAAAUGUUAGACAAAUUUUUAAAAAAUAUACAUUAA